UCCCCUCCUGGGUGUUAUCGCCCCUUUCCCGGUGCGGGACACGGCAGUGGCUAGCGACCGUGCCAGGCCUAGGGCUUUCUGUGUCCUUCCCCGGGUCAGGGACAAGUCAGUGACUUGAGUCUUGGGCACUCAGCCCGGGAGGGAGUGCAGAAGGCCGCCGUCCCUUCUGUCCAGCGCACGUCCCCUUAGGUCCCUCUUUUGCUCCGCCCGCAGCCGCCUGGACGGGUCCGGGACGGACUGCCAGGGCAGGGGUGGCAGUCGCGGCGGCUCCGGCCAAGGCGAGGCUGCGGCGCUUGGAGCGGCGGUCGCAGCGGGAGCAUCGGGGAGGAAGAGAGAAGAUGGCGUCGGAGUUGGAGACCGACGUGCAGGCCAUCGACCAGAGUUUGCUGGAAUGUUCUGCAGAGGAGACCGCAGGGAAAUGGCUGCAAGCAUCUGACCUCGCUAGAGAAGUAUACCAGCAUUUAGCCCACUAUGUACCCAAAAUCUACUGCAGGGGUCCCAACCCUUUACCACAGAAAGAAGACAUGUUGGCACAGCAUGUUUUAUUGGGACCGAUGGAAUGGUACCUUUGUGGUGAAGAUCCUGCAUUUGGAUUUCCAAAACUUGAACAAGCCAACAAACCUUCUCAUCUUUGUGGUCGUGUCUUUAAAGUAGGAGAGCCUACAUAUUCUUGCAGAGACUGUGCAGUUGAUCCAACUUGUGUUUUAUGCAUGGAGUGCUUUUUGGGAAGUAUUCACAGAGAUCAUCGAUAUAGGAUGACAACAUCAGGAGGUGGAGGUUUCUGUGACUGUGGUGACACUGAAGCUUGGAAAGAGGGUCCUUACUGUCAAAAACAUGAACUUAACACCUCUGAAAUUGAGGAAGAAGAGGAUCCUCUUGUGCAUUUGUCAGAAGACGUGAUAGCAAGAACUUACAACAUUUUUGCUAUCAUGUUUCGCUAUGCGGUAGAGAUAUUAACCUGGGAAAAAGAAAGUGAAUUGCCAGCAGAUUUAGAGAUGGGAGAGAAGAGUGACACCUACUAUUGCAUGCUGUUUAAUGAUGAAGUUCAUACCUACGAGCAAGUUAUUUAUACUCUUCAGAAAGCUGUAAACUGUACACAAAAAGAAGCCAUUGGUUUUGCAACAACAGUAGAUCGAGAUGGGCGAAGGUCCGUUCGAUAUGGAGACUUCCAGUAUUGUGACCAAGCAAAAUCAGUAAUUGUGAGGAGCACCAGUAGACAGACAAAGCCACUCAAAGUUCAAGUUAUGCAUUCAUCUAUUGUUGCACAUCAGAAUUUUGGUUUGAAACUUUUGUCUUGGCUGGGAAGUAUUAUUGGAUAUUCAGAUGGCCUUCGCCGGAUUUUAUGUCAAGUUGGUUUACAAGAAGGGCCAGAUGGCGAAAACUCUUCUCUUGUGGAUAAAUUGAUGCUUAAUGAUUCCAAAUUGUGGAAAGGUGCUAGGAGUGUGUAUCAUCAGUUGUUCAUGAGCAGUCUGCUUAUGGAUUUGAAAUACAAGAAACUCUUUGCUGUUCGGUUUGCAAAAAACUAUGAGCGUUUGCAGAGUGAUUAUGUGACAGAUGACCACGACAGAGAGUUUUCAAUCGCAGACCUCUCGGUUCAGAUAUUCACGGUUCCUUCGCUUGCUCGAAUGCUCAUCACAGAAGAAAACCUGAUGACCAUUAUCAUUAAGACUUUUAUGGAUCAUUUGAGACACCGAGAUGCCCAGGGCAGAUUUCAGUUUGAACGAUACACUGCUUUACAAGCCUUCAAGUUUAGGAGAGUUCAGAGCCUUAUUUUAGAUCUCAAGUAUGUUUUAAUUAGCAAACCAACUGAAUGGUCAGAUGAACUGAGGCAGAAGUUCCUACAAGGAUUUGAUGCCUUUUUGGAAUUACUUAAAUGCAUGCAGGGAAUGGAUCCAAUCACACGUCAAGUAGGACAGCAUAUUGAAAUGGAACCAGAAUGGGAAGCAGCCUUUACACUACAAAUGAAAUUAACUCAUGUCAUUUCAAUGAUGCAAGACUGGUGUGCUUUAGAUGAGAAAGUGCUAAUUGAAGCAUACAAGAAAUGUCUUGCUGUAUUGAUGCAAUGUCAUGGUGGUUUUACUGAUGGUGAACAGCCAAUCACACUCAGCAUUUGUGGACAUUCAGUGGAAACCAUCAGAUACUGUGUUUCCCAAGAAAAAGUUAGCAUUCACCUCCCAGUUUCUCGCUUACUUGCAGGUUUGCAUGUAUUAUUAAGCAAAAGUGAAGUGGCAUAUAAAUUUCCAGAGCUCCUACCUCUGAGUGAACUUAGUCCACCCAUGUUGAUAGAACAUCCUCUGAGAUGUCUUGUUUUAUGCGCCCAAGUCCACGCUGGAAUGUGGAGAAGGAACGGGUUCUCUCUAGUAAACCAGAUUUAUUACUACCAUAAUGUGAAAUGCAGGCGCGAGAUGUUUGACAAGGAUAUAAUGAUGCUUCAGACAGGUGCUUCCAUGAUGGAUCCGAAUCACUUCCUGAUGAUAGUGCUCAGCCGCUUUGAACUGUAUCAGAUUUUCAGUACUCCGGACUAUGGAAAGAGAUUUAGUUCUGAGAUUACUCAUAAGGAUGUUGUUCAACAGAACAAUACUCUGAUAGAGGAAAUGCUGUACCUCAUCAUUAUGCUUGUUGGAGAGAGAUUUAGUCCUGGAAUUGGACAGGUAAAUGCUACAGAUGAAAUUAAGCGGGAGAUUAUCCAUCAGUUGAGCAUCAAACCUAUGGCUCAUAGUGAAUUGGUGAAGUCUUUACCCGAAGAUGAGAACAAAGAGACUGGCAUGGAGAGUGUGAUCGAAGCAGUUGCCCAUUUCAAGAAACCUGGAUUAACAGGACGAGGCAUGUAUGAAGUGAAACCAGAAUGUGCCAAAGAGUUCAACUUGUAUUUCUAUCACUAUUCAAGGGCAGAGCAGUCCAAGGCAGAAGAAGCUCAACGGAAAUUAAAAAGACAAAAUAAAGAAGAUACAGCACUUCCACCUCCAGUUUUGCCUCCAUUCUGCCCUUUAUUUGCGAGUCUGGUUAACAUUCUGCAGUCAGAUGUGAUGCUGUGCAUCAUGGGAACGAUUCUGCAGUGGGCUGUGGAACACAAUGGAUACUCCUGGUCAGAGUCCAUGCUGCAAAGGGUGUUACAUUUAAUCGGAAUGGCACUACAAGAAGAAAAACAACAUUUAGAGAAUGUCAUGGAAGAGCAUGUAGUAACAUUUACCUUCUCUCAGAAGAUCUCAAAACCUGGUGAAGCGCCAGACAACUCUCCCAGCAUACUAGCCAUGCUGGAAACACUGCAAAAUUCUCCCUACCUAGAAGUCCACAAAGACAUGAUUAGGUGGAUAUUAAAGACUUUUAAUGCUAUUAAGAAGAUAAGAGAGAAUUCAUCUACCAGUCCUGUGGCAGAGACAGAAGGAACCAUAUUAGAAGAGAGUUCAAGAGAUAAAGACAAAGCUGAGAGGAAGAGAAAAGCCGAGAUUGCCCGGCUGCGCAGGGAGAAGAUCAUGGCACAGAUGUCUGAGAUGCAGCGGCACUUCAUCGACGAGAACAAAGAGCUCUUUCAGCAAACGCUGGAACUAGAUGCCUCAACCUCUGUUGUUCUGGAUAAUAGCCCUAUGGCUUCAGAUAUGAAACUUACAGCAUUGGGACCCUCACAAACUCAGGUCCCAGAACAGAGACAGUUUGCUACCUGUAUAUUGUGUCAAGAGGAGCAAGAAGUCAAUGGGGAAAGCAGGGCAAUGGUCUUGGCAGCAUUUGUUCAAAGAUCAACUGUGCUAUCAAAAGACAGAAGUAAAUUCAUUCAGGAUCCAGACAAAUAUGAUCCAUUAUUCAUGCACCCUGAUCUGUCUUGCGGAACACACACUGGUAGCUGUGGGCACAUUAUGCAUGCCCAUUGUUGGCAAAGGUAUUUUGAUUCCGUUCAAGCUAAAGAACAGCGAAGGCAACAGAGAUUACGCUUACAUACAAGCUAUGAUGUAGAAAAUGGAGAAUUCCUUUGCCCUCUCUGUGAAUGCUUGAGUAAUACCGUUAUUCCUCUGCUGCUUCCUCCAAGAAAUAUUUUUAACCGCAGGUUAAAUUUUUCAGACCAGCCAAAUCUGACUCAGUGGAUUAGAAUAAUAUCUCAGCAAAUACAAGCUUUACAGUUUCUUAGGAAAGAAGAAAGUACUUCGAACACUGCAUCUUCAAAGAAUCCAGAAAAUAUGGAUCAGUUACAGCUCCCUGAAGGGUUCAGGCCUGAUUUUCAUCCCAAGAACCCUUAUUCUGAGAGCAUAAAAGAAAUGCUAACGACAUUCGGAACUGCUGUUUAUAAGGUGGGACUAAAGGUUCACCCCAAUGAAGAUGAUCCCCGUGUGCCCAUGAUGUGUUGGGGCAGUUGCGCGUACACCAUCCAGAGCAUAGAAAGAAUUUUGAGUGAUGAAGAUAAACCCUUGUUUGGUCCUUUGCCAUGCAGACUGGAUGACUGUCUUAGGUCACUAACAAGAUUUGCAUCAGCACAUUGGACAGUCACAUCACUUUCAAUGGUACAAGGACACUUUUGUAAGCUUUUUGCAUCAUUGGUGCCUAAUGACAGCCUUGAAGACCCUCCAAGCAUAUUGGAUAUUGACAUGUUUCACUUAUUGGUGAGCUUGGUGCUUGCUUUCCCUGCGUUGCAGUGUCAGGAUUUUUCAGGGAUCAGCCUUGGCACUGGAGACCUUCACCUUUUCCAUCUGGUUACUAUGGCACACAUCGUUCAAAUCUUACUUACCUCAUGUACAGAAGAGAAUGGCAUGGAUCAAGAAAAUUCCACUACUGAAGAAGAACUAGCAAUUCUUGCUUUGUAUAAAACACUUCACCAGUAUACAGGAAGAGCCUUGAAAGAAAUGUCCUCCGGCUGGCAUCUGUGGAGGAACCUCAGAGCUGGAAUCAUGCCUUUCCUCAAAUGUUCUGCUUUGUUUUUUCAUUACUUAAAUGGAGUUCCUUCCCCACCUGACAUUCAAGUUUCUGGAACAAGCCAUUUUGAACAUUUAUGUAACUACCUUUCCCUACCAAUCAACCUCAUAUGCCUUUUUCAAGAAAAUAGUGAGAUAAUGAAUUUACUGAUUGAAAGUUGGUGUCAUAACAAUGAAGUUAAAAGAUAUCUAGAAGGUGAAAGAGAUGCUAUAAGCUAUCCAAGAGAAUCUAACAAAUUAAUAAACCUUCCAGAAGACUACAGCAGCCUCAUUAAUCAAGCAUCCAAUUUCUCGUGCCCCAAAUCAGGUGGUGAUAAGAGCAGAGCCCCAACUCUGUGCCUUGUGUGUGGAACUCUGCUGUGCUCCCAGAGCUACUGCUGCCAGACCGAACUAGAAGGGGAGGAUGUAGGCGCCUGCACAGCUCAUACCUACUCCUGCGGCUCUGGGGCGGGGAUCUUCCUAAGAGUACGGGAAUGUCAAGUGCUAUUUUUAGCCGGCAAAACCAAAGGCUGUUUUUAUUCUCCUCCUUACCUUGAUGACUAUGGGGAGACUGAUCAGGGACUCAGACGGGGAAAUCCUUUACAUUUGUGCAAAGAGCGAUUUAAGAAGAUUCAGAAGCUCUGGCACCAACACAGUAUCACAGAGGAAAUUGGACAUGCACAGGAAGCAAACCAGACACUGGUUGGCAUUGACUGGCAACAUUUAUAAUCACUUCACUACCAAAACAUAAACUUGGUUUUUGUAACCCAGUUGGCUUUUCAAGAAAGAGAGUAGGAUUUAAGUUCUGCUGAAUUUUGAAAUAAAUUCUUUAUUUAAACUUUC